AUGGGAAAACUUAUGAUUUUAUUAACUCUUCUAAUAGGUUUCUCAUUUGAAUCCUUUACGUUUAUAGAUUAAAAGAGUAUGAAAAUAAUUUUAUUCUUAAGAUUUCUAUAAAUAAUUAGAACCUUUAACAGAUUUUUAUUCUGAAACAGGAUAUAUUGGUGUUAAUGAUUAAGAAAAUGGAAAUAAUCAAUUCUUUUAUCAUUUAUUUUUAAAAGAAGGUACUUAAGAAAUAGCAGAUGUUAAAAAAGAUGAUAAUUUUAUAUUAUGGUUAAAUGGUGGACCAGGAUGUGCAUCUUUAAUGCAUAUUUUCUAAAAUGUAGGGCCAUAUCAUGUAUAUAAAAAAGGUGAUAAUGAUUACUCAAUUAAGAAAGGAGAAAAUACAUGGAAUAAAGUAGCUCAUGUUAUUUUUAUUGAUUAACCUUUUGAUGUAGGAUUGAGUUAUUCAAAUCCAAAUUUAAAUGUAGACAGUUCAGAUUUAGCUGGAUUAUACUUAGUGGAAUUUUUUAGAAUAUUUUUUGAAUAUAGACCUCAAUUUAAAUAAACUAAAUUUUAUGUAUUUGGUGUAAGUUUUGGUGGUCAUUAUGUUCCAGCAGUAGGAGCUGCAUUAGCAAAAUCAAAUUUAGAAAUGAAUUUUUAAGGGAUAGCAUUUGGAAAUGGAUGGACAGAUGCACUUUUAUAAUAUUAAAGUUAUGCUCCUAUGCUUUAUUCUUUAGGUAUUUUCAAUGAAAAAAAAAGAAAAUUAACUGAAAAUUAAAUGGCUAAAGCAUAAGAAGAUGUUUUAAAUUAAUAAUAUUAAAUGUCAACUACUGAUGGUUUUGCAGGAAUAUUUAUUAUUCUUUCUGUUUUUACAGGAAAAGUUAGUCCAUAUGACUAUUAAGAUUAUUUAAAUCAAGAAUAACCAGAAGAUAUGUAUAGUGGAUUUAUAAAUUAGUAUAAAAAAUAAUUUGGAGCUCCUGAUGAUAUUUUUUACUCUCCAUGUAAUGGUUAAGUUGAAUAAAAUUUUUUUAUUGAUAUAUCAGUUUCUCAAAAACACAAUGUAGAAUUUCUAUUAAAUAAAGGAAAAAAAGUAAUGAUUUAUCAAGGAUCUAGAGAUAUUAUUUGUAAUACACCAUCUAUAAAUUAUGUGGUAAAUUAAUUAGAUUGGAAAGAUAUCUAUGAAUGGAAAAAAUAACAAAAAUAAACAUUUAAAGCUAAACGAGAAGGUUAUGAUAUUGAAGAAACAGCAGGAACAAUUAAAAAAUAUAAAAAUUUCUAUUAUGCAACAAUUUAUAAUGCAGGACAUAUGGCUCCAAAUAAUAUACCUAUUGCUUCAUUAAAAAUGUUAACUCAUUUUUUAAAUGAUGAUGAUAUUUGGAAUUGA